AUGACCGGAGUGUGGAUGUUCAACAACGGCGUCCCUAAACUCGUUGAGAACCAGGCCGGGGCGGGGUUGUCGCAAAAGUUGCUAGUCCAUGUCCCUACUGAUGAAGCCAUAACUUCUUACCAGAUGUUGGAGGAAAAGCUGGUGGCCUUAGGUUGGCAGCGUUAUUAUGAUGAUCCUAAUUUUUUACAGUUCCACAAGCGCUCUAGUAUUGACUUGAUUUCGGUGCCUAGGGACUUCCUCAAAUUCAAUGCAGUUUAUAUGUAUGAUAUUGUUGUCAAGAACCCUAACAUGUUUAGAGUUAUGAAUAAUUAUGUUGCUUUCUUGAGUCACUUUCAUAUGUUUCUAAACUUCGUCAGAGUGUUUGACUUGCUGAUAGAUAUGUGUGGAUGA